GUACCGGACCUCAACACCACUCUCCAUUCUACUUUAUUAAGCGGGAAACAGAUACUUCCUUAUCCAUCGAUGAAACGUCGACCACACUGGAUACGUGUCGUUCUCAAAGAGGUCUGUCACUAAACUAUCACGUCGACCCAGUGUAAAUUUAUCAUCCACGCUCUCGUGGAUUACGUGGAGGAAGAAAUAUCAUUUCUUGUUUGAAAUAAAAAAAGAAUAAAAAAAAUUAGGACAGAACAGAAGAGACACGCAAACAUAUCCAUUAGGGUCACAACGGUUCUUACAGCUUCUAUUACCAGAAAGGAAAGAAAGCCGAAAUUUGUUUCAAGAUAAAGUAAUUUAAGUUGGAGCUUGUUUCUUGGUCGUACAGUGUCAGGUGAAUAGAGAAGAAGAAGAUGGAAAACACAGACGAGCUUGUCUCCAUUGAGCUACCAGCUCCAGCUUCAUGGAAGAAACUGUUUUAUCCGAAAAGAGCCGGUACUCCGAGAAAGACGGAGAUUGUGUUUGUGGCUCCAACGGGUGAAGAGAUUAGCUCGCGGAAGCAGUUGGAGCAGUACCUGAAGGCCCAUCCUGGCAAUCCUGUCAUCUCUGAGUUUGAGUGGACAACUGGGGAAACUCCAAGGAGGUCUUCAAGGAUCAGCCAAAAGGUUAAGGCUACAACGCCUACUCCUGACAAAGAGCCCCUCCUGAAGAAGAGACGAUCUUCUCUCACGAAGAAGGACAAUAAGGAGGCUGCUGAGAAAAAUGAAGAGGCUGCUGUGAAGGAGAACAUGGAUGUUGAUAAGGAUGGGAAGACGGAAAACGCAGAGGCUGAGAAGGAGAAAGAGAAGGAGGGAGUGACAGAAAUUGCAGAGGCGGAGAAGGAGAACAACGAGGGUGAGAAGACUGAGGCUGAGAAGGUGAACAAAGAGGGUGAGAAAACUGAGGCUGGGAAGGAGGGUCAAACGGAAAUUGCAGAGGCUGAGAAGGAGAAGGAGGGUGAAAAGGCUGAGGCUGAGAACAAAGAGGCAGAAGUUGUGAGAGACAAGAAAGAGUCCAUGGAAGUGGAUACCUCUGAGUUGGAGAAGAAGGCUGGGAGUGGAGAAGGAGCUGAAGAACCUUCCAAAGUUGAAGGCCUCAAGGACACUGAAAUGAAAGAGGCGCAGGAAGUUGUUACUGAGGCUGAUGUAGAGAAGAAGCCUGCAGAGGAAAAGACUGAGAACAAGGGCAGCGUGACAACCGAAGCUAACGGAGAACAGAAUGUAACCCUGGGUGAGCCUAACCUUGAUGCAGAUGCUGAAGCAGAUAAGGGAAAAGAAUCCAAAGAAUAUGAUGAGAAGACGACAGAAGCUGAGGCGAAUAAGGAAAAUGACACUCAAGAAUCUGAUGAGAAGAAGACAGAAGCUGCAGCAAAUAAGGAGAACGAAACCCAAGAGUCUGAUGUCAAGAAGACCGAAGCUGCAGUAGCAGAGGAGAAGAGUAACGACAUGAAGGCAGAAGACACAAACAGAAGCUUGGAGGCGAAUCAAGUUCAACAGCAGCAGGGAGCUGCAGCUUCCGUGAGCUGUUAAAACCUAUAUCGUUCUGUACAGAGCACAGAGCGUGAAGAGUUUGUUGUGAUUUCAGGUGUAGCAUUAACAUUAUGAGUGGUUGUUGUAUGUGUUGGUAGAACUAAUGUCUCUCUAUGUUGUAGUUCAGUCCAUUAUCAUUUGACGUUUGUAUCUUUGUACCUUUGUACUUUGUUGUAUUAUUAAUAUUAGGCAUUUAGACUGUCCUUUGUCUCAUACUUAGACGAGUGAUGCAAAGUGAAUGAAUCCUAACACCCAAGUCCCAAAGCAGAAGAUUGCAUG